CAAUAAACCUACGCACAGCAUAAACAAUUAUUUCCAAAUACAUUUUAAUACUAUUAAUUAAAUACUAUAGACCAUAUACUGUUAUUAAUACUAAAAACUAAAUACUAUUAACUGCUAUUAACUAUUAUUAAUGAUUAACCUCGUAUUAAAGAGAAACCCUCGCCUCCGCAUCCACAGCUGAUGAUGGCCAGCCUUUUACCGUUAGCUGUCAACGCUACGGAACUUAGCAAGCAGCUAGUGGUGUAGCGCCGUUAUAAUGAACCUUGCACGGGUUCUGCUCUUCCUUUCCUCCUCAAACUCCCUUCCUCCAUUCUGGGAGACCCUUGCCAUUUUGGUCUCUGGCACUGGAACCAUGGGUAACAGCUGUGUGUGCCGGGAGGAUAGUGACUUAGAGGACCAUCAACGUGGGUCAUCAAGGGUGACCCGAGGACAAGCUAGGCGGGUGGAUCAUGGAACAGGAGUAGGUGUUGAUGCUGGAGACGCUCGGAGCAGUCGGCCCAGGGACCCGGUCAGGCCACCACGCAGAGGGCGAGGGCCGCAUGAGCCACGGCGGAAGAAGCAGAAUGUAGAUGGCCUGGUGCUGGACACACUGGCUGUCAUCAGGACACUUGUGGACAAUGACCAGGAGCCUCCUUACUCCAUGAUUACUUUGCAUGAGAUGGCAGAGACAGAUGAUGGUUGGCUGGAGGUUGUCCAGUCCCUGAUUCGAGUGAUCCCAUUGGAUGAUCCACUUGGCCCUGCAGUGAUCACCCUUCUGUUGGAUGAGUGCCCCCUGCCAACCAAGGAUGCUCUCCAGAAACUCUCAGACAUGCUGAAUCUGAGUGCGGCUGUAGCACGACAGGACGCUCUAAACCCGGCUAAACACAGAAAUACCACAGCUGUCCUAGGAUGCCUCGCAGAGAAACUGGCUGGACCAGCCAGUAUUGGGCUGUUGAGCCCUGGAACCCUUGAGUACCUUUUAGAAAGCCUGAGCUCUGAAGCCCACCCUACUGUCAUGUUGUUUGCUCUCAUUGCUUUGGAGAAGUUCUCCCAGACCAGUGAGAACAAACUGACAGUGUCUGAGUCAUGUAUCAGUGAUCGACUCGCUGUCCUGGAGUUGUGGGCAGAGCAUCCUGACUACCUGAAGAGGCAGGUGGGAUUCUGUUCACAGUGGAGCCUAGACAACCUGUUCCUUAAGGAGGGGCGUCAAUUCACCUACGAGAAGGUCAACCUCACUAAUAUCAAUGCCAUGCUCAACAGCAACGAUGUGAGCGAGUACCUCAAAAUCUCCCCCACUGGGUUAGAGGCACGAUGUGAUGCCUCAUCCUUUGAGAGCGUGCGUUGUACGUUCUGUGUGGAUUCAGGCAUUUGGUACUACGAGGUGACAGUCAUUACAUCAGGCGUAAUGCAAAUCGGAUGGGCCACCAAGGACAGCAAGUUCCUUAACCAUGAGGGUUAUGGAAUAGGAGAUGAUGAAUACUCAUGUGCAUAUGAUGGCUGCAGGCAGCUCAUCUGGUACAAUGCUCGCAGCAAACCUCACUCUCAUCCCUGCUGGAAGGAGGGAGAUGCCAUUGGCUUCCUGUUGGACCUCAACAAGAAGCAGAUGAUCUUCUAUCUAAAUGGGCAUCAGCUGCCACCAGAAAAACAGGUCUUCUCAUCAGCCACGUCCGGCUUCUUUGCUGCAGCCAGCUUUAUGUCAUACCAGCAGUGUGAGUUUAACUUUGGGGCCAAACCUUUCCGUCACCCACCUUCUGUCAAGUUCAGCACCUUCAAUGACUUUGCUUCACUGCUCCCCAGUGAAAAGAUCAUCCUACCCAGACACCGGCGUCUGGCCUUACUUAAGCAGGUUAGCAUCAGAGACAACUGCUGCACGCUUUGUUGUGACGUCAUGGCUGACACAGAGCUGCGGCCGUGUGGACAUGGGGGUAUGUGUAUGGAGUGUGCCUUACAGUUAGAGACAUGCCCGCUGUGCCGUCAGGACAUCCAAAACCGAGUCAGACUCAUUGCACAUGUUUCCUGACCAACUUUGUGCCCCUCAUAUAGUAAGGGAAGACACACAAGCCCUACAGCCUCCUCCUCCUCCCCUAAUUGCCUCUCACCAAGCGGGGCUGUGAAGACAGUGCUACAGGGUUGUGAUGAUGCCAGAACUGGAGUUCUGGUCAGAGGAUUUGACGAUGGAGGAGUGGAAAGAAGAAUGACAGGAAAUGAGAAGGGAAGUCAAGCCACAGCUGAGUCCCCAGGAGCUUUCUCUCAUUUACCUACAUCUUUUUUUUUACCCUUCUGACAACUGCCUGCAGAAACUGGGCCAGGAAUCAACUUUCUACAGCCAUUGUUUUUCAGACAGUGGCAGAUGUUAGGAGCAGAAACAGUUUAACCAGAUUACAGACAGAAUCGGCUUCACAUCUGUAAGGCCCCUGUGUAGAGUUAACACGCAUCCUUUCAGAUACCAGGAUCUCAGGCUAAUACUAUUUAAUCCCAUUACCAUCAUGCACGUCUGCAGAUCGGAAAGGGCUGGAUAGCAGGAAAGAACACAGGCUGUAGUACAGUAUUAAACCCAUGGUACAGAUAUAUUUUAAGAUGUAUCUCACUUUUUUAUUUUUGGGUAUAGAUGUGGGAAUUGUGUUGUUCUUGAGGUAACAUUUUCAUUGUCAAGGGUGUACCAGUACCUUAGGUCAUUUUCACUCUCUGUACUGAUUGGCUGCCCACUGGUGGGGUUUCCCAUCAGAAAAAGAUGUAAGAGUUUGUUCCUGGUGUCAGAAUACCUAUUGUUCCUAGAGUUCUGUUUUCUGAUUUAAUUUACAAAAGAUGAUAAAAAUCUAAUCAGCUGUAUUACAACAGAGAAAGAUGGUAACUUAAUUCCUGUUUCACACCCACUCAAAAACUGCAUACUUGAGUCUCUGUUAUGACAAAUAGAUGUUCAGCAUUGCUGACCCUGUUGCUUUUUGUGCUAUGUCUAUGCAGAGAUGUUGAUUUUACUUUACUCCGUCUCAGUCAUUUAUGUAACAUGACUACAAAUGUUAUGUUGAUUGACAGUGUUUUGUAAACAGAUCAGUAAAUUGUUUCAAACAAAUGUGAAAUGUUCAUGUGAAUUGUUUUUCCUCAGUAUGAUUUUACUAAAUAUCCCAGGGCCAUUCUUAUGAUGCAACUUUGAAUCUGAUUUGGCAGUGAAAUACUUGACAAAAAAAAGUAAAUCAAAUACCCAAAGCACUGUGACAUGAACUAAAGCAUUUGGGCUUUAGUACAGAAAAAUAUGUAUUAAUGCUUUUUUUUGCUGCAAAUCACAGCAUUCUGUGAUAUUUCUUGCAUACAGAAUUAAUCUUUUCCAAACAAGUUUGUCAGGUUAGAACUAUAUCUUCCAGGUGACUGGUUCAGACUGGGACACUUUUUAUCUUUUUGCUUUUUAUAGCAGCAUCUCUCUAUGUCUUCAUUUAGCAUUUCUCCGUCUUUUUCCCUUUGUCUUCAUUCUUGUGUUCUCCAUUUCCCUUCUGUCCAUCCUUUACUUGAAGAGUCUCUGAACUGACAAUAUUUGUCUUUUGAAAACAGGUGAUAAAAUAAACAUACAAGAGAUUGCGACUUAAGAAAAAUUCUGUUUAUACCAUUUUAAAAGGUUGUUACGUUUCAAAUUAAAACACUGCACAGUUUUGAUUUUUUAUUUGGUCAAAUUGUUUAUGAAAAAAUUACUACUCCACCAAAUUGUAUGAUUCCAAGAUCUGUAAAAUCAUUUGGGCUAUACUGGAAUGAUUUCUUAAGUAUAGCAUGCAUCUCUCCUCUCAGUAUGACAAAAGACAGGUCUGGUCACUGUUUGCUACCAUGUAUUUCCUGGAGCACCUUAUAUAUGCAGGUGAGAACAAUUAUACAGUUAUCUGUACAAUUGUAGAUGAAAUUCAGGAUUGUAAAGAAUAAGUUGUGAGUUGUGUUUGAAUUAUCUAUAAAGGACUUUUGACCCCAGAGUUCACAAAAAUGUGGUUUAUUGA